CAGCGUGAAUGUAUCUCGAUACAUAUUGGACAAGCCGGGGUCCAGAUGGGCAAUGCAUGCUGGGAGUUAUAUUGUCUGGAGCAUGGAAUCUUGCCUGACGGGCAUAUGGCCUUCAAAGACACCAUAGAGUCAGACGAUGCAUCAUUUGACACGUUUUUCUGCGAGACUGAGGGUGGCCAAUAUGUUCCAAGGGCUGUAUUUAUCGACCUUGAACCUACUGUUAUAGAUGAGGUUCGUACUGGUAUUUUUCGCCAGCUGUUCCAUCCGUCACAAUUAAUCACGGGAAAAGAGGAUGCCGCCAAUAACUACGGUCGGGGUUACUUUACCGUCGGCAAGGAAGUCAUACACCUAGUGAUGGAUCGCAUUCGCAAGUUAGCCGAGACUUGCACUGGCCUCCAGGGUUUUCUUUUGUUUCAUAGUUUUGGUGGUGGUACGGGAUCCGGCUUUUACUCUCUUCUCAUUGAAAACCUGACAAAUUAUUUCCGAAAGAAAUCCAAGCUGGAAUUUUGUAUCUAUCCUUCUCCAAAAAUCUCAACUGCUGUAGUGGAACCCUACAAUGCUGUUUUGACUACACAUUCAACACUGGAACACGCCAACUGCGCUUUCUUGUUUGACAAUGAGGCAAUUUACGACAUAUGUUGCAACAAUUUGGAUAUUCAACGACCGAGCUAUACAAAUCUUAACAGGAUUAUUGGACAGGUUGUUAGUUCUACUACAGCUUCUCUACGAUUUGAUGGAGCCCUAAACGUUGACCUGACGGAAUUCCAGACAAAUCUAGUCCCUUAUCCGCGUAUUCACUUCCCACUGGUAACUUACGCUCCACUCAUUUCGGUAGAAAAGGCUUAUCAUGAAACGUUUACCGUUCCUGAGAUCACCCGUGCAUGCUUCGAGCCCGGUAAUCAGAUGGUGAAAUGUGACCCUCGCCGCGGAAAAUACAUGUCAUGUUGUAUGCUAUACCGGGGUGAUGUAGUCCCGAAGGAUGUCAACGCAUCCAUCUCAGCAAUCAAAAAUAGCAAAAAAAUUCCAUUUGUUGAAUGGUGUCCAACUGGUUUCAAGGUCGGAAUAAACUACCAGCCGCCGACGGUCAUACCUGGCGGCGAUCUUCCCUCCCUGCGACGGUCAGUUUGCAUGUUGAGUAAUAACACUUCAAUAGUCGACGCCUUUGCCCGCAUUAACCACACGUUUGACUUAAUGUAUGCUAAAAGAGCUUUUGUUCAUUGGUAUGUUGGCGAGGGAAUGGAGGAAGGUGAGUUCAGCGAUGCUCGGGAAGAUUUGGCAGCAUUGGAGAAGGAUUUCGAGGAAGUUUCUGCCGACGUUGAAGACAUGUAUUAUGAAGUCAUGUACGAAGACGAAGAUGACGAAAUGGUUGUGAAAGUACAUGACAAUACAAAGGCAGAAAAGUUAACAGAGGUACAAGAACAGGAAGAAGAUGCUGAAGCUGAAGACACUGAGAUAGAUAACGCUUAGGGCGAUGCGCAUUGAAUUUAACAAUUUAACUGAAGACAAAGAUAACCGUUGCUGAGAAUUGAGCUAAAAUUUAAAACUGAGAUAUAAAGUGUUGGUUAGUUUGCAAACAAAUACGGCAUAGAUUUUACUAGAGAAAUAAAUCUCAUGACAAUCAACAUUAAAUCAAAAUCAAAUAUUAGACUAGCCACUAGACUGAUAAAGAAUUUGUCACAAUUUUUUUUUUAAAAAUGUGAUUUUUUUUAUUUAUGUUAUUGUGACAAAUGCCGGUAUAAUUUACAGACUGUCUCAGAGAACUGAUUCUAAUAUUAUGAUAUUGGACCUAAGAUAUAGACUGGCUAUAUUCACAAUUUUAAAAAUAAAAAUUAAACAAGAGGGCAAAGAUGUCCCUAGGUCGCUCACCAGAGUAACACACCAUCACAGUGUAAACAUGUUUGUCCUAGUGACCAAGUUUUUGACACCACGUGACCCAGUUUCAAACUCGUCCGAGUUUUCAAGGAGAUAAACAUUCUGACGUUUCAUGAAGAUUGGAGGAAAAAUGUGACCGCUAGAGUGAAAACAAGAUUUUUCUUCUAUUUGGCCUAGUGACCUAGUUUUUUACCCAACCGGACCCAAUUUUUAACCCGUCCGAAAUUUCAUAGAGACAAAUAUUCUGACCAAUUUUCAUUAAGAUUGUGAGUGUAAACAAGCAUUUUCUUUGAUUUAACCUAGUGACCUAGU